GUCGAGCGCCUCUGGCGACACCUACGGGCGGAAUUCCUAAGAGAUGGGGAUGGCGGGGGAGGAAUGGUUCCUGAGUCUUGGCAGGCACUGUGACUCCAGCCGGCCAGUGACUGUCUUCCUCAGAGUUACUCGGUGUCACGCUCUUAACGGCGCCGCAAUUCUCCCAGAGGCGGCUCCCUAGUUCGUCCUCUCCCUAGGUGCCGGAAGACCAGCUUGGGAAGGUUCCGUGGUAGCCGGAGGUUCCGCGCCCAGUACGCGGUUGGCCAAAUUCUACUGAGCGCGUUCGCUACCCCGCUCCGCCCAUGGGUGGUAAUGGCAGGCGACUCGCACGGCCUGGUGAGGUUUGAGGAUGUGGCUGUGCAUUUCUCCCAGGAGGAGUGGGAGCUCCUUAAUGAGACCCAAAGGAUACUAUAUCGUGAUGUGAUGCUGGAGAACUUGGCACUCAUUAGCUCUCUGGAUUGUCUGUGUAGAGUAAAAGAUGAGGAAGUUCCUCCCAAGCAAAUGUCAAAGAAGCCCUGUAUGUGUGGAAAAUCUGAGCAGAAUGACAUAGCCACCAUAGGCCUCCAGCACCAGGCCACCUCCAAUAAAGGAAAGCUGUGCAGUACCACCAAGCAUUGGGCAGCCUUCCCACCCCACUCCAGUGUCGGGCAGCAACAGGGAGUCAAUGGUGCACAGAAACCCUUCAAGUGCAGCAGCUGUGGGACAAGCUUCCAGAAGGCUUUCACUCUCCUUGACCACCUUAUAACUCAUUCUGAAGAGAGACCCUUCAGAUGCCCAACAGGUGGAAAUGCCCCCAGUGAGAGCUCAACCCAUGUUAGUCACCUGAAGGCUCACACCAGAGAAACAGUCCACGUGUGUGAUGAGUGUGGGAAGGCCUUUAGUUACCCAUCUAAACUGAGGAAGCACCAGAAGGUGCACACAGGUAUUAAGCCUUUCCGAUGCAGCGAGUGUGGGAAAACCUUCAACCGCAAAGAUGCACUUGUUCUACAUCAGAGGACUCACACUGGAGAAAGACCUUACAAGUGCAGCAAGUGUGGGAAGGCCUUCAGCGUUCUGUCUACCCUAAUUCGGCACCGCAAAGUUCACAUUGGAGACAGGCCCUAUCAAUGCAGAGAAUGUGGGAAGUGCUUUAAGGACAGUAGCAGCUUCAUGCUUCACCAAAGAGUGCACACUGGAGAAAGACCUUUCAAGUGCAAGCAGUGUGGGAAAUCCUAUGUGACCCGCUCUGGCCUGUACCAGCACUGGAAAGUCCACACUGGUGAGCGGCCCUACGAGUGCAGCCUGUGCAGGAAAACCUUUACCACCAGGUCCUACUGCAAUCGGCACCAGCAGUUCCACACUGAAGAGAGGUCCUAUAAAUGCACAGAUUGUGGGAAAGCUUUCAAACACAGUUCUACCCUUGUUCGGCACAAGAAAGUCCACACUGGAGAAAGCCCUUAGGAGGUCAGGGUAUAUGCAAAAGACACUUGUACCUUGUUUAGUACUUUCAUUCAUUCCAGAAAGAAGAUGGAGAACUCAGGGCAGUUCUCCUUACGUGUCAUGUGUGGGUAAUUCAGGAGCCACGGUGCACUCUGACCUGAUCAGGGCUGUUGGCAGAGUUAUGUCAUUGCCAGUUUCUGUCACAGAGGGUACCCUACCUCCACCACAGGGCAGGUUCCUGCAGUGUGCCUCAGUCUCACCAGUGUCUUCAGGAAUGGUGACUUCAUGUUCACCUGUCUUCCCAAGUAGAGAAUCAUGAAUGGUGGAGCCCACAGUGGGCUUCAUCUGCAACUCGUGGCUGGUUUAGAUGUGGCCAGUAGAUGCCGAGUGGUCUUUCUGGGGCAUCAGGGAAUGUGCACCCUUUUCAUGGGUGAUGCUGACACUGCACAUGGUGCUUGUCAUACUGAGAACAGGCUGUUUCAUGCUGCUCUGGAGUGUGUGGUAAUAAAGGCCUUACUGUUUAAGCCACCUUUCAUAUUGGAGGUUCUGAUCCCUGUGUGUGGAAGGAUUGAGAACUGAAUUUGUCUCUGUUGGUGUGAAUAGAGGUAAUAGCUUUUCUGACUUGUUUCUGCUUUAGUGGGGACAGCAAGAUGGCAGAGAAAGGCUGUAGUCAAGAUGGCCUGAGUCCUCCAGAAAAACACUGUGAAGCCUGGAAGUCAGGUUUAUUUGUGGGUCCAGAGCUCAGCUUGAAGAAGGGGUGAUUGGUGUAAGGAACUCCAUGUGUUUAGGAACAACAAAAGGGUUCCUUGGUAGCUGGGCAUGCUGGCACAUACCUGUAAUCCCAGCACUUGGGAUGCUGAAGCAGGAAGAUUGAGAGUUCAAGGCCUACAUUAUGUAGCAACACCCUGUCUCAAAAAAAGGAAAAAAAGGGCUGGCUUUGGUCAAAAGCAGCUGUUUCCAGAAACUGCAGAGGUAAGUUCUAGACUGCUUAGACUUACAGGGCUUAUUGGGUAGAGCAAGGGUGCAGAAAUUCUGAGUGAAGUAACAUGGAGUGAGGCAUCUAGUAAACUGGAGGGCUUGAGCCACUUCUAAAGAAAUCCACAAUUUCCCAGCAGCUGUGGUUUCACAGGGUGAGGAUCCCAGAACUACUCAGGAAUUCCAGGCCGGUCAUUUGUGGCCAAGGUCACUGUCAGCAAAUAAUCUACAGAUUUUCUGAAUCCUCCUUCAGCUGUUCACCAUCAUCCUAUAGUUCUGGGUGUGACUUUGGUGACCCAGUCAGUGCUUCUGGUGCCUCUGGAUGCCAUGGCUUUCAUCAUAGUUUGGUUUUUGUUGCCACAGUGGCAGAGUUGUCCUUCCAGGGCUUGGGGCAGAGUGGUGGUAGGAUCAAUGUUGGGGGGAUCUUUUAAUUAAAAAUUUUGGAAACUAUGUCCCCAA